AUGAUGGAAUUUGACUUCAGUGUAGCCGAUUUGCAAGAUCUUUCGGAAUGGCCAGAUAGUCUAGAAUUUGAUGAAUUCUUCGAUCCAAGUGAGGUCCACGAGGAACCAUCAGCGAAACGUCGAAGAACCUCUAUCGACAAGUCUCCCAAAACACAUGCAGUUGGUAGGGUUUGAAUUCAAUUUUAGCUUAGGAGCGUUCCCAUAUGAGCGCUGUCAAAUGGGACUGCGAGAUUAUUGAGAUCCCGCCUAACGAUUCUCACCUUCGUGAAAAUUUGGAAGCAUCCAUACAAUAUGGCGGGUCAGCCCGUUUACGGAAAUCGCGGUAUUAGUAACUGAGAUCUUUAUCACCGGGCUUAAAAUUUCCACCCCUCUUACGAGGACGAAACUCGGGCUUCUUCAGCUUGACAACCAGUGAGCGGGGUGAUUUUGCCUUCUGUUUACUGUCCACAGGGGAACGCAAAAUUUCUGCUCAGUCCCAUACUUCAUUAUGCAUGCAGUUCUUAAAUAAAAAAUGGCGAGAACAUUAUAACUAGAUUACCUUUGGGACUACGUGCUUCUUUUUUAGAUUAUUGGAGGGUUAUGCGGAAAUCUUUCACAGCGAAAAUUUCAACCCUGUUCGUUUGCUAAGAUUUCAUUGCUUUUACAGUUUUCUUAUGAACACAGAUGAUUUUUAAUGGAGAAAGAGUCUCUAAAAGGUGACAUCUUAAAACUAAGCGGGAAUUUUCACUAACAACAAAAAGCAAAUUUCUCUUUUCGGGCUCGUAAUUAAAAUAAUUAUACAUUAGACUUACUAUGAAAACUCUGAUUGGUCAAGAACAUACAGUCAAGAUACAAUAGCAUUUUGAACCCAAGAUCUGCAACAGAUAUUGGGUUUUCAUGUUGUGUUCAAAAGCUGCCUAGUUUCCAAGCCCCGUGUCCGUGUAGUGUUCUUAAACUUUUGCAAACUCAGAGAAAAGUGUCUUCUUUUGCAGAUCGUUUAAAAAAUGUAUAAUAAAACAAUUAUUGGAUUUGGUUUCUGUAUGAUAUCAUGAGUUAUCAAACCUUGUGUCUGUGUCAUUUGCGUCAGCCUUUGAGAACUCCUCAGUUAGUAUUCUUUUGGGCAAGAUUUCUGUACAACCCCAUACUUCAUUAUGUACACAGUUCUUGGAUAAAGAAAACAGUGGCGGAAAAAAUAGCUUGCCUUUGGGACUAGGAUUUUGUUUUCGAAUAAUACGGGGUUAUUCAGAGAUCUCUCCUUCCUAAGUUUAAAGCCACUAUCCUGUUGUGCUUAUGGAUUGUGUUUUUCCUUUUUUAUGAUACUCCCAGCUUCUGUGAGUAGAAAACCAGCGGAGUUAAACUGCAGUGGUCGUAUCUCAUCAAACAGAAUUAAAGAGGCACUCUGCCAAAAUGGUUACCUAACUACUGGUGUAUUUAGUGCGUGAGUAUUUUAUCCUAUAACCUUUUUUCCUGUUUUAAGGCUACAAGGGAUUGAGUCUGUAAAAUAUGAGUUUUGGUUGAUGUUUGCAAAGUAACACAGAUAAAGCAAUUUUAAACUGGAUGUUAAAAGUAAUCCAGGAUUGCUAAAUGGUUUUGCUCUCUCUGUGAAAACUUAAUACUUCAUCCCGUCUUCUGAUUGGCUGUUGUGAUUACUUUGGGUUUGGAUUUAUAUCAGUCAAUCUAGAGGCACUCUAAAUAGUGAAAUUGAAAACUAGAAAUUAUAUAAUUGUGACUACAAAUGUUUCAAUUUGUUUAGCAAAAACUGAUAAAAAUUCUGAUCACCAGUUUGUGAAUUUUUGGCUGGCAAACUAUUAUUGAAAUCUCUUAUCAGGGUCAUUUUGCAUGUGUCCACUGAACAAGGAACCACAUCAGUGCAGAUAAUGUUGUUUUGGUAUAUACAGGGGCUUUAAUACAAUUCAGGAUUUGAGACUGCCAUGGGAGAUUUUUUUUCACCAAAAUACUACAAAGAAGUGAGCAAUACUGCAAUAGUGCAAAUCUCAAUCUUGCCCUUGAUAAGUUCCAUGUGGACAGACGAUAAAGUCUCUCCUUUUUAUAUUUGAAGAGUUCUGCAUCAUGAAGAUCCUUAUCCAGGACUAUUCUCAAACCAGAUUGUCAAGUUGUUUGGAGCCACAUUUGUCUCAGGCAGUGUUCUCCUUCAUCAAAUGGAAACAUUAUUCUUCAUGCUGAGGUAAUUUAUCAUUUAUUUAGAUUUGUUGCUUUGAAUGACACUGGAGAAAGCUGUACUUUGGAGUUGAUACAAGAAAAUUUUAAUGAGAAGUUUUAAUUUUUAAUUAGAGUCUCCAUUUAGAUAUAUUGUUAUCAUCACCAAUAACUUCAAGGGGUUGGACAAAACAAUCAGUGACUUUAUUCUUAAAAAACAAAUUAAUUUUUUUCAUCAGGAUUGUGCUCAGUAAAAUAAUAUGUAAUUAUUGGAAUUUUAUUAAUAACUACCUAAUAAAUUUUGGGAAAUCAACUGUGGACACACUGAAUGGUAUGAAAAUUGCAAAGAAUUUUGUUUUUGCCAAGAACUCUAUGCAGAGACAUUUUGAGAAAAUUGGGUAUGGGUACACACUUUACUUGGUGUGCGACAAACCCCCUCAUUUCAAAAUGCUUUGCUGCUUCUGAAUGAGAUCAAAACUCCAAAAAUUUACUUUCCCACUGAGAAUGAAUUAAGUUGCACUUUGUCUGUUGGCUACUGAAUGUCACAGUACAUCACAGAUAUUGUGGAUUGUCUACUGUUAUGAUUAACAGAUUAACACAGAGAUAUAAAUGUUUCUUUUAUUGCAACUUUCUAGGCAGCAAGUUUUUCGGUUGGAAAAUGAUGGAAGCAUCACAACUUUAUCUGGUAAAUGAUUCUUUAUGGUGGAACAAAGUUUAUACUUCCAACUUAUUGUUUCAGUUCCUGUGAGUUAGUGCAACAGAAGGAGCUCACUUGCUAUUUGGAAACAAGCCUUUUUAUUUCCAAAAAAUUUCAGGAAUAGCAAAAUCAGGGUUGCUUUUCAGACAAACCAUUUGAAUUCAGUUUCUUGCAUAUAAUUUUUUGCAAAAUUUACAGAUGCAUUAGCUUAGUGGUCAGUGUACACCAGACUCUCAGCCAAAAGCCCGACUUUUAGAUUUGGUGGAAGUUAUUGUGUUAUGUUCCUUAAAAGUAACAGGGUUAAGUCAGCACUUAAGCCAAGAAGCUAUUGCAGGUGCAGCUUAUUGUGGUUUCCACAGCUCAGCAUGAAGAAACUUUUUAGAAGAUUGUUAUGUGGAAAGAAAUAAGCUAAUUAUGUCUUUUUUUUUAUCAGAUGAUGUGCACUCCCGCUGUGUUGAGCUUCGAAGACUGUGCAGUGAAUUCUGUGCAUUCCUGUUGCAUUUUGCACACAAGUGAGAGAAAUUUUCUGUGCAUUUUGGUAGUACACGAAUUGUGCGUUGUUUGCGUGACUGGCGCGCUCGUUUUCACGUGUCUCGCACGCUUUUCCCCAUGUUUGUUGGCCUUCGAAAUAGUCUUUGUUGACUUUGAAAACUUUUUUCCUUUGUAACGGUACAUUAGUCUUAGUCAUUAGUUUUGAUUCGAAUCGAUAUAAAUAUAUUUUUGGUUUGUCCACAGGCAUCUCCACGCAACCCAAGAUUCCGUCCCAAGUAACACUCUUCUCCGCGAGUGGUUUCUUCUGCCGUCAAAACUUACCAAACAACUGGAAGAUUUAUCACUGUUUCUCGGCCGGUUUUCUUCGCUUCCCAGUUCUUUUACUAUGAUAAACCCAGUGAAUUCAAUUGGUCCUGUGCGUUUAAAAGGCGGAGGACACUUAUUUCAUCUCCAUCUAGAGCUAAACUGGGCAGCCAUUCAAACAUUAUGUUUGAUCUUUACCAAGCAAGGUAAGGGAUAUUAUUAAUCUUAUUUGAUUAGGGGCCCCGCCGCAAGGCAGGGCUACGAAAAAUUAGUCUAUAGACUCAUUCAAUUGUUCUCCUCCACGGAAAUCUUUAGUAAAAGGCGAAAGAUUUAUGCGUGUUGAAGGAAAACCAGAGUUAACUUUACUUCAUUUUAGAAAACGUUUCUAAUGCGCUUAGUGAUCUUGUCCAUGUGGUUAAAUUUGUUUUCAACAUGAAAUCACAUGACUGAUGCGCAUGCUUGUUAUUGCGUAGUGUUCGCAUAAUGGAAAUAACUGGCUUUACGGCUAUUUGUUUCAGUGUUUCGUUCUUACUUGGUAAGCGCUUUAAGCAAGAAUUUCCUAGAAUUGUUGAAAGUGUUCGUAAAUCCUCAGUUUCUUCGCACUCCAAACCACAGGAGGAACAUGGCCAAUGUAAAUUGGUCCUGUAUCAGACUAAUGCCGUUUAUGCUAAUUUUCAUUAUUUUUUCGUUUACGGUUCGUUGGACUGUCACAAAAUGCUAUUUUAACGAUACAAAGGAUGCGCUGGAAAAUUAACAUAUACAAUUAAACAUGUAGAUUGGCAAACGUUGAUUUUUUACUUGCAAAGCAUGUCAACAAGCUUCUGUUAUCUUGAGAAACGCUCACGUUUCCUUUUUCGAUUUGCCUUGGUAAAAUGAUAUGGUUAUCGUUUGGAGAAUUGACCUUCUUUCUGUGACUGGUUUAGAACACGUGUCGGUGUGUUCAAAGUUAUGCUCUAUUAAAUCACUUGGCAAACUUUGAAAACAAGAAUAACCAAAAUAAAAGGGUUUAUGUAGUGUAUUUAUGCUACAGAACUUAGAUCAGGGGUGUACGAGUCACGGAAAGUCUAGACAGCCAUGGAAUUAUUCAAUUUAAAUUUUUUUAAGUAGGAGAAAUCGCGGAAAUGUGGGUCGUGGAAAAUCAAAAAGAAGAAAGUGAAAAUUAUUUUUCUAACAAAAGUAACACAGAGAAUAUUGUCACUGAAUGACCAUUUUAACAUCAUUUUAGGAAACAUCUGCUCUUAUAUUAAAGUUCACAUGGCAACUAGGUGGACAAUCAGACAUGUUUUGAUGCUACUCUGGUUUACAGAUUUAACGAAUGUAACCGAAGAAGUUACGAUCAGGGAUGUAGAUAAUAGCCGGAAGCCGGGAAAAUUACCCGGCUGUGAAGCACUACUUCUUUCUCCAAAAUGUUUUUAAAUGUUGUCAGAAGAUUGUUAUUUAUUUAUUUAAUUUGUUUACACCUUCAAAUCUAGGUAUAGCGUGCCAAGGGUACGCUAGAGUGGGCCUUCGGCCCAAAUACCCGCCUAUCAUUGCAAGAUUCCCGCCUGUUAAAAACUUUAGCUACAUCCCUGUACGAUUCAUAGACCCAACGUUUCGACACUCCUGUCUAGUGCCUUCAUCAGGGGUCCGCUCUUAUGUUAUGCCAUGAAAAACGAAGGAGAAAAUCGUUAAAAAAGUCAUGACAAGUCAUGGAAUUUCAAGAGUUCGAGUGAAUACGAACCUCGCGUAAAAGAUCGGUGUUUUUCUGUCAUUUGUUCCUUCUAAAAAUUUUGCAGAUACUUCUAAGGAAAGGUAUAGGAAGAGAAAUUUCGAGGUUGAAGUAAUUACAAUUCAAUGAUGAGAUUUAUGUUCAGUCCCGGCUUUUCCAUGUAAGACCUCUUUAAGGAAUAACAUUAACCUCGCAGAAGUGACUCACACGAAACUUCUCCAAUACAUUAUUCGCAAACAGGCGAUGAGAACAGACAAACUUAUCAGUUUAAGGUUGAUAGAGCGCCAGAUUCUCCUGUGUAAUUUAUAAGGUAAUGUAAGCAAUUAAAUGAGAGAAUUACCUAUGGAAUCAAGGGAGUCAGAGAAUGUACUUGAUGCUUCGUAUUUCUUGUUUAUGAACCGCAAGAGAACCAUGCCAGUUGUAUGUUCAUUCAUUAACUCCGAUGAUUAGAGACAGCAGGAGCUAGUGUUGAGCGAGGGGAAUUCUUGCACUCUACGAACUUUGAACAUAAUCUUGAGAAUACGUCGAGUCAGAAUCUCUAUUUUUAAUUUAUUUCUCCUCUGUAAGGUUAAUUCCUACGAGCCUAUGAAUUUCUCUCUUAGUCAUUAAGACUGCAAAAUAUAUUUAGCUAAUUUGAAUUCUCCACUGUUAACUUAAUUCCUACGAGCCACUGGAUUUUUACUAGGUCAUAAAAACUGUUAAAUCAAAAAUUCUUAGAACUGCUCUUCUUUCUGAAAUUUGUUCUCAUUCGUUGCACAGUUUUUCUUCCAGUAUGCGUUAUUUUUGCGUGACAAAUGCUGUAAUGUUGCCUGCGUGCUCCCUGAAAGAGUUAGUCAACCGUAAGAUAUGAUUGACAGCCAUCUUACUAGGGGCUGAAAAUGUGAAAUGUGGGAACGAAAACUUUGCGGAACGAUAGAACUAAAUCAGAAAAGAAUUGGACAGGUUCUUUUGCGCACGUUUCUCUCCUAUCUGACCGACACUCUAUUCAGAUAGAAGCAGUGGAAAAGGAGUUCUUCCCAGUGAGGACUGUUAAGGCCACGAUGAAUCACAAACGUGUCAGCACUGAGGCAGUCGCCGAGUCCAGGAACUUGCCAGAUAGUUGCUUCCUUCUUUUGCGAACACGUGUUCCACCACACCUUUUUACUUCGCUCAGGCCAACCCCUUGCAAUAACGCUCCAGUGAAGGCACACAAUGGCGUUAGUGGGCGGCGCCUCCAAGCCGAGGCCCAAAACGUGACCGAGGCAGAAGUAUCCUGGAGGUGGCACUGGUCGCCAUACUGCUACCUUAGUAUUGUUAUUCUUGGCAUCUGACCUCCAGAGUUCUUGGUAAGUGAUCGGAUGCAUUAGGAGACCUUUGUUUCCUUUCUCUUUUACAACAAGCACUUUCGCUCCCUGACCUGCUCGACCGUAGCCGCGCUCUGCAUAGUGUCCCAGAGGCGAAUACCCGAUUGGAGCUUGGGGAAGAUACACGCUGAGACGCUUGGACUCCUCACACUCUUGACCUCUGUAAAUGAGCGCAAGCUCGUCUUUGUUGAGCUUUUUAAUUGACAAUGAAGCGUUGAAAGGAGCUGGAAUAACCUCGGGUAUCAAGGACCAGAAAUCUGAGAUGUGAGGCGCAGAUUUGGAGUCGCUGCUUAAGAACAGGCCCAAGUUUACAUAUGAAUAACUGGGAGCCAGAGACCACAAGCUGGCCAUACCGGACUCCUCUCUCCAUACGCGACGACCCGGAAUUCCUUGAUCGACCAUAAGCCUGUGUACGAUGCACACGUUUCCGACUGAGGGUGGAUCGUAACUCGUUGUCGCUAGAUGACCCAGCGCAACAUAGUUCAGAUUUGGAACUUUUGGUUUCCAAAAUGCCAACACUCCAUUGUGACCAGAACCCGAGCCAUUAUUUCCAUCGCUGGACCCCUCAUCGUCGCUAUCACCACUGUAUCCGCGUCCGCUACCAGGUCCCUCGCUACUCCAUACUUGGACAAAGCCCUUGGCUUUGGCGAAGAAUUUUGUGUGUUUUAUUUUGAUGCACACCAUGACACUGGGAUUGGGCUUGCUGAUGUCCCCUUCCUGCGCGUAAUCUCCAAGCAUGCAAUACCCGGGAGGACAGUCAGGCCUGUAGAUGGUGAGUCCUUGGCCAUGGGGGUCGGUAUAUAUCUUGGUUGCUAUGGAGAUGAUCAUCAUGCCAAUCCCUGCAACAGCCAUCUUGUCUUAAAACAAAAGCAAUGUUGUUAAACGUGAGUGACUUAGUCAGUAGUGGGUUUUAGUUUGGCAUGUAAUCGGUUGAGAUGGUGGCGCAAACCGCAGAGGAGUAAAACAGAUGCCAUUCCUGUAUAUUGUCGAUACUUGUUGAAAAUUGCUCCGUGAGAGCGUGUUUGUUUAACAGGUUAAGGUCAGGCAUGCAUAUUCUUAGUGUUUAUUUUGUAGCCCAUAUCACCUAAAAAUAUAAUCGGAAUUUCUUGCACUCUGAAUGCAUGUUUAUGCCACACGCGUAGACCUUCACACUAGAUUAUAUAUAUGCAAUUCAAUUCAUGGUUUCGCCCCUUGGUGAAUUCAUCGCAGAUAUUCGAUUUUGUCGAAAAAAAAAUUGUCAUUCAGUACUCUUCAAGCGCCAAAAUUCAAUACCUUUUGACAUUUCUUUGGUACAAAUUCCAAGCCAGAAAAGAUAUGUAAAAAAUGAACCAAGAAUUUAGCGUUGUAAAAUCUAAAAUCAUCUAUCUUUUCGAGUACAUGUUGUUACCUAUCUUGUUGAAGUCGAGUGAUUCAUUUUGCAAAAUGUCUAUUAGAAUAAAACUCAAUUAUGUAAGAGACUUUUUUAUUAGCUGAAAGGGGCAGAGAUCAUAUUCCUAGUUAAGCACGGGUGUGCAAUCUUACUUAAAAGUGAUAUACAAUCGUUAUCCGUGCAUUUUUAAAAUUGUUUUUUUUUAAAUCUGGCUGAACUUUAAUCUUCAUCCUCAUUAAUUUGAUGACGGAGGAUCGGGGAAACAGCAUUAAAGUGAGUGAUAAAAAGAUAUUGUUUCAAGGAGACUACGUAGUCACCGAUAACUGCAGAAGGGCGAGCUUCUAACUGGUAUAUCUGAUUUACGUUUCCUUAUGCUUUAGUAACUACAGCUGGACUGUCAUUUGGACGUAUCAGCAGUGACUAUAGAGACAAGGGUUGUGGGAACGCUGUGUUAAUUUUUAUUGUUUUUUUUUUAACCAAAAUUUGAUAUCGUAUUUAACUAAAGCCGCAACCAACUCGAAAAGGAUGAAGAAUCACCCUAAGUUUAAAAACCAAGGACCUUUAGUAACUUUUUGUUGCCUUUGUUUUUCUAUUUUUUCAGUUUUGAGGCAAGAGCCCUAAAUAUGAAAGUGUUACCUUAUUUUAGAACUGCGUGAUUAAUUUAGAAACGCUGGACGAAAAUGGAAAGUUCAAAGCACUAUUAGCGGACCGUCGCAGAUUACUUAAUAUCCGUUUAAGAAUGCUCAGUUGUGGAUUUUCACAACAUAUAAGGGAGAGAUUUGUUUCACCUUUUCAGCAUGUAAGAUUGAGGCUAUGGUAUGCGAUGUACACAAAGUUGUUAACGUAUUUUCAAAUAUAAUAGAAUUCUGGCAGGAAGUUAAUAUUUUCAUUGAAAAACAUACCAUAACGAGAUGACAACUUUGCUUUGUACCUCACUUACUAUGACAGUCCAGUUUACCCCCGUUUAGGCUGUUAUAACAGUGCCGCAGUGGCCCCUAUGCUAUUUGCAGUCUCAGUGGGAAGAAUUAUUUCUCCCUGUUGGAUUUCUAGUUACAAGUCAAGUGAUGUGGUACACUGAAUGUCGCUAUUUAACAUCAGUUACUUUAAGCUUGGCUGAUAGGGGCUGUUAGAGUGAGAAAUGUUAAAAAUACCUCGGAUUUGGUGAAUUACAGCGAGGGCCACUUUAAACAUAGUCGCGUCUUUGUUCGUCUAAUUAUAACCUAGCAUGAUCACAUUUUUUUUAACGAAAAAGGAUUAAACGUCUCAUUUUUAGAUCUGAAAACAACUCUGCUCCUAUCGGCAAAGUAGACAUUUUAGUUGUUUCAAAACCCUGGAACACUUUUCGAAGACUUCCACAAUGUUGUCAUCUCUACGUAACACUCAACUUUUAGAACUGACGUUCUGUUCUGUCUGACACGAAGUUUUUUAUUAAGUUAUAUAAUCGAGUAAAUACGCCUUUACCUUUGGUUUACACCGGUCCAGGCGAAAUAAUUUUUACCAUCGACUUGUGACUACUGAAAACUUACCAAUAGUCGAAGUGAUGUCAACGAUGUUCUCUGCCUAAGAAGCGAACCUUUCUAUCAGCGGAACUUUGUUCGUGUGUGCUGUUCAGCUCCUUGGACGUGUUUAUAUCUCCGCAGGGCGGAAAUUGGAUAGAUAUCCUAUUCAAGAUAACCUUAAGACCUAUGGCUCGGCAAUCGGAUACUCUUGACUUGUUAGAAGUAUGGGGUUCUUUGUUGGCUAAUGAAAGGAUGUCCACCUUACGACAAGGGCGUGAUCGUGACCAUGAGGAACAAUUUCGUCCCAUUUGGGGCGUUUAUUUGUUUUACACCUGGUUGUUAUAGUUCUCUUUGCCUGAUCCGCAAUAUCGGAAACCGCGAAUUACUUUAACUCGGAUUAAAGCACUAGCUUCCUUUUUACGCAAAUGAGUAAUUGAAUUAAUGAAAGGAUUUGUUGCUUUUUAAAGCAUUACGCUUUCUUUGGUUACUGCGUGUUCCCCAUUUUGGAAACAGCUCUCCAUGUCUGACGCAGUAAAGAAUCUUUGUUAACAGUUUAUUUUAUAGUUUGUUUGUAAAAACGUGUAAAAAUAGAAGCAUUUUGGAACUUUCGCUAAUUGAAGCACAAUGUGCGAUAUUUCGGGUCAAUUUACGCCUAUUUUAUCGCCUUCACCUAUUGAGGUUUGAUUGCAGUUUGGGACAUUGAGUUUUCAGAAAACUCGAGAGUCGUAACACAAGAACUACAAGGCUAAUUUUUGUCUUAAUACGAAAACAGAAAGUAAUUUUGUCGUGGCUCGCGAAUUUUUCGAUCCUCGGCUCUCUUCCAGCUGAUUCAAUUUCACCGUGAUCGGAUCAGGUAAUUCGUUCGUCGUGAUGGUGAAAGAAGGAAAAACUUAAUAACUUGUCGUUGUUUAUCACCUUGUGUCUCGUCAGGACUGCUUUUUAUUAAUUUUUAAUUCAGCCCGGUUAAAAAGGCGACUGACCUAUCAGUUUCCAUUUCAUUGCCGUUGUAUUCAUUAAUUACCCUAAUGAGGUGUCUGCGUGUUCUUGGUGAAAGGUUGUUUGUGGAUCGCACAGAACAUGACGUAAAUUUUUUACCUGUCUGUCAUUUGCUCUGUAUUCGAAGGUAGUGGCUUUACAAGACAAGAUUUUCAGGAUUAGCUUGUAAAUUCUGCUUAGGCACAUUGAGAAGGAAUCCCUCCAGUGAUCUCGUUAGAAAAAGAUUGUUCACAGGAAGCUUACAGAUGGAAGAAGUUUCCAGGUUGCCCGUCGCAUGGUAGCAGUAUUUCAAGGCUUCAUUUGUGACAAGCUUAAAAUUCUUUCUUUUGUUAUGAAACAUCUGCUAUGAUGCUUUUGCUAUGAAACAUCUGCUGACACUGAAUGAUUUCAAAGAAAACAUUUUGAUGAUGGCUUUCUUACUACAAAUCUUCAUCAGAAAGUUGCUACCUUGCCAACUUUGCAUUUUGUUGAAACAUUCCUCUAAGGACGUUUUUUCCAAUUAUGAUUCUUUCGUUUGACAGAAAUUAAUAAGUUUAUAAUUCUUAAAUCGUAAUCGUUAAAUUACAUUUGUUUCAAAUUGUUUUGAUUUUUACGGAGGAAAGAGGUAAAUAUUUUCCAUUUCUGUGCAGAUAAUACUCAUGUUUUUCAUGAGACGAUCUCCACGUGUCUUGAAUAUCACCAAAAAGGAACAACAACAGUAGAAAGUGGUAAAACCACGCCCUCUAAAUUAGCAAUGCAGAGGCGGGAAAGCCUUUCACAAAAUAUCGUAUCAGAAAGUUUUCGUAUCUGCCAUUUCAAGUCCCGUUCUGAUGAGGAAUUUUAACAAACUCAAAUGAUUUAGCUGAAGCAAUAGCUUAUGAAUUCUUCGACAUCGGGCGCCACCUUAAAAUGUUGAUUUAUUUUUGUUAUCUUUACUGUUUUAUAACAACUUGAAAGAGUGCAAUGGACAGGAACUCAAGUUGCUUCACUUCACUUUUUCCCUGAUCACUAGGCAAAAUUGCGUCUUGUGAGGCACCAAAUGUCCUCCACCUCUAUAAAUUAGGGUCAUCUUGUGUAGAGUUCAUUUUACUAUUCUGUAAACAGUUGACAAAUUUCGGUGAUAUCAAAGUAAACUUCCACCGGCAAUGAAAUCCGGAUGUUUUUGUCUUUAAGUGCUCUUUCCGUUUUCUAGAAUUGUUAACACAUUGUGCUAUGUUAUCAUGCGUAAGAUUUGUUUUGGAUUGUUGUACAAUUGAGAAGCCAUAUGUUGGACUAUUGCGUAAACGCAUUCCUAUCGACCUUGGUGUUUCGUGACCUUACAUUGUAGAUAAGAAAAAUUAUGAAAAAAUUAAAUUCGCUCUAACGUUUCCUCUCUCUUGCAAAUGAUUACAAAAUAUUUAGGGGUUCUGAUACAAUUUAAGCUCUAUCAUCCUAAGAAUGAUGCGCUUAGUAAAUACACGUAAUCCUUUAAAUCCCAAGAUCGGAUUAGUUACUUUCCCCUUCCAAUCCUUUUACAUUUCCCCAUAGUGAAGUGAAAAGAAUUUGUUGUCAUAUAUAUAGAUACCACCCCAGCUCUCUGUUAGAAGACAAGUUACAAGUCUCAAUCACUCCAGGGUGUGAAGGAUGAAGCAAGUGAUGCCUUUGUACAGUUGCGCAAAUACAAACUAUUCAGACUCGUUCGGGAGUUUCAAGUGACUGAGAGAGUAUUCUUAGAUCUUCGGAUAUCAUGGAAAAUAAAUUGAACUUCUAAGUUGGAGCAUUUUCAAAGUAAAAUUUUAAAUCGUCGUUAUAGGCUCUCUCCCAAGUCUUUUAUUGUUAAACUACUCAAGACAACCACAAAUGAUGUUUUAUCGGAAAAAAGAAACAACUGCAGUAGCAAAAUCACCCCUGGACGCCUAAUACACCAACUCUUCUUUGUCCAUCUCACCAGGAGCACAGGCUCCUUAUCACACAAAUCAAUUUUGUUGUGAAAAGAAAAAUAAUUUAGAAGUCAAUGAUAUAUCAUUUAAAGAUGAUUCCAGGAGAUCCUAUGGUGUGCGUAAGCUUUGUAGCCCUGAUCCUAUUUGUAGAAUGAUUCUGAAAUACUUCGUCCUAUGUCUACUGUUUUGCCUGUAUAUGAGCGAACCUUAAAAAUUCGUUUUUAUCCCGAUAUUUUACAUUAGUAUAGCGCCUAUGAGCUUAGAGCAGUUUUUAUCCGGUAAGAGGUCAAUGACGGUAAAUAGAGAUCAUUUCAAAUCAUAUCGCAUCGCUUGAGACACCCUUAGGCUAUGGCGAGUGUAUUCAGCACAACACAGCCGCAUUUAAGCUUCGUCGCGUGAGUCUUUUAUCUCCGUCUGCAUCCAGGAAGGCAAAUAAUGUAUCGUGAGUGACGAGAUAAUAGGAAUGUGGAAUGCCAGGUUUUCAAUAACGAUAUUGAUUUAUUCUCUGUUCUGUACGGUAUUUGUCUGUCAGUGCCCUGUUCCUCAAAUUUCUCAUGUCGAUUCUCCUUUCAAUGGCUGGUACUAGCCAUUCCAUUCAUGUAAGUUUGCAUAAACUAACCAUUUAACUCCUAACCCCUUCCUUUUUCGUCACUAAUAAAGGGUUUUUUUUUAAAGUUUCUUAACUUCAUUUUCUAUGCUACGAAACAAUAAAUCCAAAUAUCUUUUUGUCAGGAGCUCCUUUGUUGUUUGAAGUUAAGGUCACCACAGCAAACUUUAUUUAACAGUUAACGCCAACAGACAUUCUCUUUUUUCCUUCAGACAGUGCUUUUUUUUCUCUUCAGCGAUUUUCUGCAGACAGGAACGUCUACGGGCACGAACGUUCUGAUCCCAUUCCGUCCAACUUCCUCGGAUGAAGUUGCAUGUUUCUGUUUUCCUUUCUGAUUUGUGUUUUUUUCAGUCUUGUGUGCUUGUCUGGUAUGUUUUUUAUUUUUUGUCAAAAUAUUAGAUUUGCACGUCAUUUAUCAAAAGAAGUUUAGAUGCAAAUUAAUUUAAAUGAGAGGGCGGACGGUUGUUGCACUAAUGGCGUUGUAUUUGCAGACGCCCCAUUCUGGUCAGUCUCAUCGGCUUAUCCUGUAAUUCAUGUUGAUUCUGUCAUCAAUGCCGCGAACUUUUUCAAAAUGUGUAGGCUUUUCUUCUCAGCCAUUUAAUCAGAUGUCUGUUUUUAGGUUCUUAGGAGCAGGCGGCGGGUGGUCGAGUGGUUUAGGGCGUAUGUGUUAAAUCUGGAGUUCCUUUGUUCCAAUCCUCUUCUUUGCCUUUCAAGUGGAUCUGUUUCUCGGUCAGUUCGAAUUCAUAGCCUUCAACAUAGCCAGUGUUCUAACCUACGACCGUUUUGCGCGCCACUGCUAGUAAGCUCUCAGGGGUUUCAAUUAAAGCGGUUACCGGCGGUCUAUCACCACUUACAAGACUUCUUACCGCCCUGUCUGUUUAGGCUGCAAGUAGGCUCUUGUGAUGAGUUCCGCCCUACGCCUCCCUUUUUCACACAAUCGGUAGCCGCAUAUGGGCGGCCAAAUUUGCAGUGAAAGUCACCAAUUUAACGAACUGCGUUCGGCAGUCAUGUUGCAAGCUGUAACGUAUUAAUUUCUUGGUGUUUCAGCUUAAAGUUAAAAUGAGAUAACCUUUAGCAUUCAACAUUAUCAACACUUUGUCUUUUUUUUCUGAGAAUUUUCGACUAAAAUAUUUUGUCCCUUACUUUAAAUGCGACAUGUGCAAUAAAUCUUCAAACUGGUGGAGCAAUCAUUUCUCCUGUUAAAUUUUCAGGAAUUCCAAGAGGUUUUAGACGGUGAUAAGAGGUACUACUGGCGGUAGAUAGUACCGGUUACCGCCUGAAAAGUAGAGCACUACUAAGAUAUUAUUUCUGGCGACCUCGUUAUGAAGUCAGGUGGCCAAAUGGCCACUUUGGAAAGAAUUAAAAAAAAGAGAAAAAAGGAGCCGUGAUUUGUCUCUUAACAGUUUUGAUUUGAAAGAAAUACUUUCCUAUUACUCGAUUUGUUUACUGUCUAGCAUUGACAGACUCUCCAAUUAGCACAGAUGUGCUAAAUACAUUCACACUUUACUAAAGCUAUUUAUUCUUCGUCAAUUUUGGACCAUGAGCAAAUGAUCUUGUUAGCCCACUAUACAUGUAUAAAAAUAGUUACGUGGCAAACAAAUACCGAUCAAUUGCCAAAAACAUCAGUUCCGUGGACGUGUUACAGCAAAGUCAGGUUAAGACUAAUUCAUGAAAUUUUACAAGUUUCAAAGUGUAAGAGGCUUUUUUGUAUUUCCAAAAGUGGGUUAUGUGAGGUUUCGUUGCAUGACUAAUAAUUUAUGAAUUCGCACAUUUGUAAUCUAAUUGUUAAAUUGAAUUAUGGUCACUUAAUUUUAUAUCCGCGGUGCUUACAGCGUAUUUCGCAUUACCCAAUCAUAGUUUAAACACGAAGCAUACAAUAUCGUUGUUAUUUGAAAACUCUUGCUUCUUGAUGCAUAUUCGUUUUCACUAGAAAGCCCAAACGUUUGAUAAAAACAGAGAUGGACGGUUCGAGAGUCUUUUGAAGACGCCGGGUUCCAUGUGUGGACUAUCGAAAUCUGCGGCUCUCUGAAAUAGUAGACUUAGAAGUGCCUCGAGCUCGAGGGGAAUUUAUGUCUAAAUCUUGGGAGUGAACGAUUUAAAUUCCUGUCUCUUCCAGCCGGCGGCAGUUUUUAUUUGCACUGGACAGAUAAUAUGAGAUUAUUUUGUCUUACGAGAGAUAACAAAUGUACCUUCGGUACUACGCGUGUUAUUUGUUCUCAAAUAUUUAUGUAACUUGCUCUUUUUGAAAAUGAUAGUACAUAAUAAAAAUGGUCAUGCUGAUAAUGAGAAAGAAUGGGAUAGUUGUGAUGAUGAUGAUAAUGAUAAUUAUGAUAAAGUUCUGAUAUAAUGCGUGCUGUCGUUGGCUGAAAGAGCGUGUUUUAUCAGAUUACAAAACACAGUGCUGAGGUAAAGCUGUCACGCCAUCUGCCAAUUUGUACAAUGUCCGACUAAUUCCCAAAUUUCUCUCCAGCUUUUUUUUUUUUUGUUCAUUAAAAGUAAACUUUUUGAACAAGCGGGCCGUCAAGUAGCAACAGAAGAACUAAACAAAAGUUUGUAGACAUGCCAAGCGCCGUAUUUGACGAAAUUAUAGCAUGAGCAGAGACGAAAAUCACCAAAGACAAAACGAAACGGACUGUCCGAGUUUUGUAGGUUUUCACGUUCAGUUAGUUUGUCAAUUAAGUGCGUACAGUUAUCAAGCUCACACACAGCAAACACUCUUAUAUAGUUUCGUGUUCAAAACCUUAACAGAACAAAACAGGAACGAUGAAAAUUAUAAACAAACUGGCAUAACUUUUAAGAAUUUUUACAAAUCACGGUGUCAGAACAACUGCGAUCCUAGCUCAUCAUGGCGAUCUCCGGUCAUCGCAGUGAAGCAAGCCUCAGAAAUUACAUUGUCGUGAACUAUUAAGAGCUUGUUCUGAUAUCCUUUCCGAUGCGUUGAGUGAAAGGCCACAUGAGUUACAACAGCUGAGUUUACGGACGCCUUUACCCAGAGCAAUCUUUAUGUUCCUGUGAAUUCGGUUGUCGUUCAUUCAUAAAACAUAUCUUGAACAGUUUCUUCUCUAAUUUUCAUGUUGAAAAACUUGCUUGUUUUCAUUAGCCAUAAUGCGGCCAGGUUUCACUGCAAAUUUUACUUUCAGAUUCUGUAUUUUAAUUAAAAAGCUACGAGCAAAAGUUUUGAAUUCGACCUGCCGAACUAUUUCAGUAAAUACAAUAAUUAGUUUCAAGCAGAAUUGAUUUCUUUAGUGCUGGUUUCAGGCAAGUUAUUGGAUCGUGGUUGAUUAGCCGGGCUUGGUCCCACAGUCUGCAGUCACCAUUAUGUAUGUGUAACGAGCCCUUGGUAAUUUUUAUUUCAGGUCAGUCCGACAGUUUUUCUUCAGAUCAAUUUGUUGACGUGAUUAACAGCCUGAAAAGAUAUACAUUUUCAUUCCUUUGGGACCUGAUAGCGUUAGCUGUUUCCAUUUAUAACAAGGUGUGUACCUGGAUAUUCGAGAAAAGUCUAUGUUUCUGCUAAUUUGAAAUACAUUUUGGUUGAUCUUCGAAACUAACCUAAUUCACCAAAGCCAAUCAGAUUAAAGGCAAAUAUAACUAAAAGAACUAAAGUAAAAUCAAGCAAACUGCUGGAGGCUCCUCCCUGGUAUGCCUGAUAUUACGUCUCUUGUCGAAUUUAAGAAUUACCUUGGUUCGUUUUCUCAAUAAGAGCGUGUCAAUUGGUUUGGUAAUUUUUUUUAUUCUGUAUUGUACUUAUUGUAGCAUGUAAUUUUUACUUUUGCAUUUUGCCAAUGGUUGGUGUGUUGCCUAACCGGCUUUUACCAGCCUAAUUGAGAUGAUGAGAUGAGAUAAUGACGAUGAAAUGAGAUGAGAUAGUGACAAUGAAAUGGGCGGGAAAACGGGAGUGACCGAGUCGAGUAUUAGUCUUGCAUCUGAUUACUUGAGAGGGUGGUGCGAGUUUCCUGGACCAAUCACGGACGAUAAUGAAGCAAAAGUAUCCAUUCUGGCUUGUCUGACAGCGACGCAAACAGGUUGUGUGUUUUAUUUGACAGGAAAACCAGUCAAACGUUCUUCAAGUAUGUCCAUUUCCCUGUGGCUGCGUGGGUGAACUGUGGAUCAUGUUGAUCCAUUUGAUGGAUCAUCUAAGCACCAAAACAGAUCUCGAGGUAUGAGUGACUUCUUCAGUAGAUAAUCAUUGCUGAUCACACAUUGUAGUCGGAAGACUGUUGUUCAACAUGGUGGCUGAAAAAUUUUGAUAAAAACUCCUAGCGCAGAUCUUUUUAGCGCAUCUCUGUUUUUUCAGUCAUUCUGGUCAGCGGUUUCUUCCAUCAUGUCAGAGAUUCUUUAUCCCAAGGAGUCUGAGCCCGACAGUCAGGACUCUACCGUGCAGCCCUGGGCCCAGUCCUGUGGUAGGUAUAAGUAGAUUUUGGUAGAUCCUUUACAGUUGAGUUUUCAUUAGUCCGUAGUUAUAGCAAGCGAUUAUUUCUUAUUAUAGAGCUUUUUCCAUUAAGGUGCAGGAAGUGACGUAGAUUUAUUAGUUUUACCUCAAAACACUCUGUGACUGAUAAGAGAAACUUGCGCGAUCUUCUCAACCAAUCAGAUGCAAAACUGAUACCAGUGAUAAACUCUUUUGGUGUUUUCUUUGGCUUCUCUCGACAAUUGCUAUCGUUCUGAUAAACCUCUAAAGUUAUUUUCAAUUUGGCCCGACACCACUCACAAAAGCUCUUCAUUUACCAACCUUUUUUUUAUGUGGAUUGGAUCUUUCAGCUCCUCCAGAUUUCACAGUGAAGACGCCUGUUAAUUUCUGUUGGUGGCUUUUGACGCAUUUGUCCCCACUUUACUGGUUUACAGACAAAGGGGUGUACUCCCAAAGGAAAAAGGUAACAAGGCUGGUGGGGGUAUGACGAGUUAGUGUAGCGUAUAGCGUCGGAUUAAAGUCUUGAAGACGUGAAGGAAACUUAACAGAGAUUUAUUUUCCCAUAAUAUGUCGACUCGAACGUGAUACAUGAAAACGAGGCUGACGAGCGACAGCGUGAAGACUUACGUCAUACACCACAGUCAGCACAGUACUUAACCGUCAACUAAGGCAUGCAUGCAUUAACGCCAUGACGCCACGCUAACCUUCACGUUACGGAGUGCUGUGUGACGGGCGAGCUUUGAUUCUGAUGAAUUUGACAGAAGUGCAGACUUCCAUCAUCCGAUUGGUUUUUAGUCAGUCUUGUUCACUAUACUUAUUCUUAUGCGUCUUGACAUAUAUCAUACAGAGAAGGAUAGAGACUUGUAUCUGCGACUCUGUUACAGCCAUUUUCAAUUGCAUAGGUAUUGCUUCGCUACACUGUAUGAUUUAUCAAGAAAACUAGCGCUAACCUCUUAAUCAAUCAGUCGCAAAACUGAAACUAAACGUGACUUUAUCGCUCGCCUUUUCAUGCGCUAAAGGUAGUUUGCUUCUUUCCUCUUAAAUUUCAGAUUUGCAAUGUGUGCGUUUCUUUUUUUUUGGCCAUUGUGACUGCAAUAGUUUUGCUUUUAAGGCACUCAAUCGAAAUGCGCUCCUCAAUUUUAAGUAAUUACAAAGAGAUGAAUCACCUGCCUUUUUACAAUAACUUUCUUCCUUUUUCUUGAUAGAGUUGUGUUCCUGGAAACUGGGUGCUUGCCCAAGAUCUACUCAAAGCAUCUCUUCUAAACAACAAGGUGAUAAUUCCUUGUUAAAAAACCUGCUAUCGAUUAUGCGAUGCUAAAUUUAGUUACAUCAAUAACGUUCCCAACUGUUUUGUUACAGGAGAGUCAUGAAGAAUCCCGCUGCCGCGUCUCCCUUCGCUGCUGUGUUUCGUUGUCUUAUCAUUGGUCAGCAAAUUCUGAUCUUAUUCUGUGGCUUUGGGAUUUCUUUCACAAGAGAUUGGUAGGCCCAGUUUUGUGCUGCGCUCAUGUGAGGAAGUUUUUCUUGGAAAGUGCAAUUUUUAAGGACAAAUUACAUCUUCAAUUAUGCUGACGAGUCUACUUGUACUUGUUUUAAAACUGCCAUUUCAGUUUUUGUAGAGAGACGUACGACAAACAGAAACUUAUCAUAUUUUUCACUCACGCUUAUCAAUGAAUCUUGCUGUAGUAAAUAUAACUGCAGCUUAAAAUUUUCUCUCCUUCAUAUAUUGCAGGUUUGUUUAAUUAGUUUUUUUUUUACCCAUGAACAUUUUUAUAUUUACUCUCUCUCCUUCUUUUUUCUUAAGAACAAUUCAUUUCACGUUCCUGAGCAAUCUAUGCAUGGCUUUGGUCUUGUCAGGUAUGGAUCUACUCCGGUCAGCAGCUAUAUUUUCUUUCCGCAGAGACUUCCGACAUUAUAUCCACAAAUUCUUGACUACCCUGUAUUUCUACAAAAAAACAUACUAUCGAGUGACUGGACGGCUGUUGUGUGUCUUCAAUAUCGGGAAAUUUGGCAACUUAUCGGUUAAACAACCCGUAUAUUGGCAUUUUGAUGUAAACGUUUGUGGGCAAUUUAUAUCAAGCACCAAAGAAAGAGAAAACGCUUAACUUCAACUGGUGUUUGCGUUUCGCUGAUAAACAUGUGUGCUUCAGCUCACUUAUCCCUCAGACACUCGCUACCGAUGGCCCUUUUUUCUCAUAAUAACUUUUCUUCUCUGAGAAAGCUAAAGCGUUACACUCAAAGUGCGAUUCCAUAAAGCGCAUCUGACCUGUUUCUACCUUCUUUCAGCUUAUCUUCUCUUCAGUGGACGGAGCAGUGUUUGAACAGGUCUAAGGCUUCACAUCAAGGGUGAGUUAUUACAGCAAAUAACGAGGAUUGCAAGUUGAUCUUAGUUUUAAAGUUUCUUUCCAUUUGUUAUACUUUGCCGCUCAUCACCGUCUAUAUUACAUUCGGUGUCAUAUUCGUUGACCUUUUAAGUUAAGAACAAAUCAUUUCAAAGGAAGACUCAAUGAAAGUUUUCAAAGGAAAACCAAAAAUUAUCGCUGAAUCUUUCUUUGAACCAGACUACUCAGAAAUUGAGAUGUAAUCUCGAAGGCUACUUUAAGGUAACAUGGAAUAAAGGCGAUUUGAUUUAUUAACUGUAGCGUUUUGUUUCUAGCAGUGUUGUUCCAGAGCAUGAAUCCAGUUUCACUCUCUUCUUACGGCUGGUGUCAGUUCACCUCACCAAAUUACUUAAGAGUGGAUCAUUACAGGCCUGGAAACAGAUGAAGGGCAGGUAGAAAAGGAACAGACACCUUCGAUCUUUUUUUUUCUGCACUUUACUUCGUUAAGUUCGUUCGCAUUUUCUGCAUUUGGUCAUUAAAUUGUCAAUCAUGAGAAAUAUAUGUAUUAUCUGCGAUUGGCAGACUAUUAUGAAGCAGUACGUUUCUAUUUUAUCUUUAGAUUCUACUCAAAGUUCCAUAAGCGCCGUAUGGAGGAGUUGAACAUCACAGGACUUCAUCAUUUUAUCACUCUUUUUCUUACUCUUUCCUGUGUAGCUGACCUAGAAGAUGUAGUAAGUUAUGGUAUGCCUCUGUAGGCGUACUAUUUUAUUCUAAAUGGCUAUGUUGAUAUGAACAAGUGAAAGUUAUUAAGCAUAUAACAACAUUGGAAUUCGAAACUCUUCUUGUUGCGCAGGUUGUCAUAAAAGAACGGAACGUAAAUUGAACGGGGGAGAAAAAUUGGCGCUGAAUGAUAGGUUCUGGUCGUUGGAUAUUCCAUGGUGGGGGUCCUAGGAAGGGUUCCAUAUGGACAGAUGGGUGGAUAUGGAGGAGCAUAGACUCUGCUGGGAUCGAGUUUGUUCUCCUCGUUGAUUAACGCCUAAAAUUACUCGAAGAAGUCACAAAUAUCUUUUCUUGCACAGGCGCACAAGAUGUGUUCGUUUCUUGACUUGCUGGACUUUCACAAGAUGGCCCAGGAAAAGAAAAUUAGUGUCUGGAAAGGUGAGGAUAUUAAGAAUGAAACGUAAAAGGAAGAAAGGUGAAAGACAAGGAGAGGUUGUAAUUUAGACUAGUUGUGUAUUUUGUAAUAAUUAUCAGCUAUCAUACUAUUUGUUUUCUCUACAUAAUCAGGGCUUUUUGCCUUGAUGCUCAUUUACAAGGAGAAGAAUGUGGAUUUUGGAUACUUGGCGGAAAGAUUGUCGUACAGUUUUGUCACGGUUGCGAGGUGAGAAUGCCAAUCUCGUCAAUCAAUCGAUCAAUCAGUCAAUCAGUCAGUCAAUCAAUGUUAAUGUUUCCUUCAUAAGCUUGGAAAUACGGAUAAAAUUUAUCUCUUUUUUUUGUAUUAGAAAAAUUGUUUAUCAACAUAAUUGUUUUGGGAUAAAUAUAGAAGCUGUUGUUUCUUUUAGGGAAUACACGAAUUCCUCUCGAGAUAAAACUCAUCAAAAAAACUGCUGGCAGUUGAUCACACUAUAUCUGGACAGUACACAGGAUGUGUUCGAACACAAAAAUAAACAGGACUUGUCUGAAAGUAAACUGAUUGGUAAGUAAUUUGGAAUUUGAAUACGUGUGAGAUUUUCUUUGAGGACUGCUGAUGGAGAUUGAGUUUUUACAAGUUUCUUUUUUUUUUUGUUUCGCGUUCACUUUUAAUCUCUCAUGUGAACUAAAACAGCGAAAACUUAUUAGCAAGUAAGGCCGAACGGCAUAGAGUAAGAGAAGCCGAUUAACCUCAGUGGGCUUGCAUGUUUUUUAAUUUUUUUCUUCAACGUAAAGUAUCUUUUUGCCCUGAAAAUAAAAUUCGUUGUUGGAGUUCUCUGAUCUCCCUCGUCUUUGUUUGAUUGUUUGUUCGUUUGUUCUUUUUUUUUCAGCUGAUGGAUUUCAAUACCUUUUACAUUCGUGUCGUGACAAUGAACUCCGAUACUUGCUGAGCUUUGUACAGACCACUCUGGCGUCAUUAACGUACGGGUGAAAUGUAACAAUUGCUUUUACUUCUUUACGGACACGAGUCGUUCUCUAGCAGAUAAGUAAUUUUCUUUUGCUUGAAAUGGAACCUGCCAUCAAUUUACGCAUUUUACUUUUUUUGUAGGCAAAAGUACGGGGGUAGACCAGGAUUCUCAGGUACUUGUUACGUUUUUGUUGUUGUUGUGGUUGUCAAGUUGUUGUGUCAUGGUGACUAGUAGAGAUUGGUGCGCUGAUGCAGUAACGAGACUCUUUUUGUAGCUUUUCUAUCCGGGAUAGAUCCUAGGUAAUGGUUAACUAGUUUGCCUUUUUCCAAACAACAUUGUAUAGCGUAGUAUACUAGUCCAACACCUGUCACACGUUACUCGCAUUCAAGUGGUUUUUUUUGUUAUCUAGACGCUGUCAGUGUGAUGUGGAAGCACGUGUUUAGUCACGUGAGGAACCUAACAUCUGACGGUCUGUGUAUCCAGUCGGUACCCAGUCCCUUAGCUGACACGUUGGCCGGCUUUACACUCUCUGCUCUCGACAGGUAGUAAGCGCCUGCUAAAUCGGUGGGCAUUGUGAAAUGAUAUCAUCAGAGACAGGUGUUUCAAUAAAAGCCGGGGUAUCAGCUGUCUACCGCUGCCUGCAAGGCCUCUUACCGCCGCUUGUUUAGUCUGUGAGGGACCUCUCGCGUUUGAGUUUUGCUUAUGGCACAGCCGCCUAUUACGUCGUCGGCAGCUGCUUAUGAAAAAUUUAUUGAAACACCUUUAGUGUUCGAUAGUAGAUUUUAAUUGAGGUCCACCACAACUUGUGAAUGAACGCUUAAUAAUGACGUCAUUUUUUGAAAAUUCCUUUUCAUGCCCAAUGUGAAAAGAUCUCACGAGUUUUCUAGAUCAAUAACGCCACGUAAGAAAGAGAAACCAAAAGCUUGCUACAGAGAGCAUAUAUCUUUAUCUCCGCCAUAAAGAAUUUACGUUAAAUUACGACACUGAAAGUGUUUCUAGAUUCCAAAAAGUAACCAUGAAAUUCGAAAAUUUCUUCAAAUGUGCCAAGUAUUUGACUAUGCAACCCGCCGCACACGCCAAACCACGUGUGUUUCACGACCAGAGGCUAUUCUUGUUAGGAUUAUGCAAAUGAAAACAGGGCAAUAAAGGAAAACCAGUGCAGUUUCGGAUAAGUUACUGCUUACUUGAUGCCCUCGUUUUAGUAAUUUUGCCGUAGUUUCACUACUCUGUGUUUUACGCGUAUGUUUAAGAUAUCCUGAGGAAGUCACUGGCACAACUGGGGUGACGUUUACCAGUCUGUUACGGGAUCUUGGUAUUAAAGACGAAAUGUCCGCAAGGUAUGUAGAAUUCAAAACUACUCUAACUAAAAAUUGUCUUCGAUCACCUGUUAAAUUAUACUUAGAGAAGUCCCUCUUUCUCGCCUAAAGUCUGUCAUGCGAGUCCAAAAUAUUGGGUGAAAAAAAAGUGUUGUUUAAUGGCGCACUUCGUGGAACUCUAGGAGUUCGAGUGUGAACGCGGCGCAAUAACAACAAUUCCUUUUUUUUUCGCUGAUGUUUUUUGGGCUCGCGCGACGGACUUCGCCAAAAAGGAGAGACUCAUCGUGGUCUACCGAAACAUUUUCACAGCCAACUACCAUAGUGAUUGUGAGAGGAGAAUGAGACAGGAGAAUGAAUGUCUUGAAUUAAACGCAGAUGUGUGUAAUAUUAUUGGUUGCAGCUUUUGUUGUCGAUUCCUAUGUCACAUUUUACCCUGUCCUUCGGCAACGACGGCAAUUCAAGCAGAGAACAUGGAAAGAGACAUAAUCCACGCGUGGUUUAGAUGUCUGUUGCAGCUACCACCCUCUCAUGAAGGAUUAACAGAACUAACCAGGUACCCCACCCCUCCCUCCCUCCGUGAGUUUGUCACAUGAGGAAGAAUUUGUGAUUAGAAACACCUUUAACUUGUGUCACUAGUGCGAUAGAAAUAAAGUAAGCCCGUUCAAUCCCCCCAGCUUCGUCCGAUUUCCGACAGUUCCUUUUAGUUUUGGACGAUUUCGUCUAACAUUGAAUGUUAUCAUCCAAUUUCAGACGGUUCUCUGAUUUCAGAGGGUUCAGUGUAACAUCCAACGUUUCCGUGAGAUUUUCGGAGGGUUCGUCUAAUUACGGAGGAUUCCGUCCAAAUUUUGGAGGAUUCCGUCUAAAUUUUGGAGGAUUCCGUCUAAAUUUUGGAGGAUUCCGUCUAAUUUCGGAGGGUUCCGUCUGAUUUUGGCGGGUUCCUUCUAAUUGUAGAGGUUUUCGUCUAAUUUCGAAGGGUUCCGUCUAAUUUUGGAGGGCUUCAUUUAAUUUCAAAGAGUUCCUACUGAUUUUGGAGCCCUUCGUCUUAUUUCGGAGGGUUCCUUCUAAUAUCGGAGGAUUCCGAAUAAUUUUGAAGGGUUCUGACUAAUUUUGGAUUGUUCUGUCCAAUUUCGGAGGGUUUCGUCUGAUUUCGUAGGGUUCCGUCUGAUUUCGCAGGGUUCCAUCUAAUUUUGGAGGGUUCCGUCUGACUUCGUAGAGUUCCAUCUGAUUUGGCACCUUCCAUCUGAUUUCGGAGGGUUCUGUAUAAUUUCGGAGGGUUCCGUCUGAUUUGGGAUGGUUAUGUCAAAUUUCGGAAGGUUCCGUCCAAUUUCGGAGGGAUUCCGUGUGUUUUCGAGUUUAGCUACACAUUUUAUGUUGUAGUCUGUUUGUACUUCAUACUAAAAUUGAUAUUAUUUUAAGGGUUUUCUACAUGAAACCCUGCUUAGAGAAACUUAGCGACCUUUCCCCAUGUUAUCGAAGUGAAAUGAAGGUGAUAAAAAAUAAAGUAAAAUCUUAAAAUAUGGUGUUCAACUCAACCAAAGGAUGAAUUUUUAACAUUUUGAAAAAUUUCCCUUUAAUUAUAAUGUACGUGUUGAGUUCUUUGUAAUCGUUUUCUGUUUCUUUUGUCUCACAGGGCAGUGGGUAAAUUACCCGAGCUGGAGAAGCUACUGAGGGGCCAGGUAAUACCACUAACUUAACUUCACUGCCAUUGCGGUAACAGGUCGCAAAGAUGCGCUUUUUUCUUUUUGGAUACAACAAGAACGGUGAUAUCACUCAAACCUCGAUAUUGUAGACGAGGACAGUCCCAAAAGCUAUGUAAUUGGCAUCCAAUCGUGUUCUUUUCGAGAUUUUCGCGCUGAGUUUUGGAAGUGGUCCUAUGACGUGACCGAUUAGUAAUCUAAGAGCGCUCCAUUAUCAGGUCUGGCAAGACUGACUAUGGCUCUUGCCCUUGUAAACGGAAGAGGAAGAUCCACUUAGCGAAUUUUUGCGUGCAAGUGCACUUCUCCUAUGUUUUGUACGGAAAGGCUAGUAAAACCGUUUGUGAUUUGAUAUCAGGCACUCGUAACUUCCGCGCGCGAUUUUUACAGUGGGGGCGCAGGGUUUUUUCCUCAGGAAACUAAUCAAGAAAGACAUAGACCUUCAAUUGUGCUUAUUCAGUGAGAGGUUUUAAUACAUACUUGUGCUUCUUAUAGCCUGGAUUCGGAACUGGUGAAAGUAGUGAAACAUCGUUGCAGCUAUUUAUUGUUGCGCUAGGGCGUCAUCACGCAUCACUGGUAAGUAAAACUUAGCUUACGGAGAAAUUUUCAACUGAGUAUCGAAAAUAACCACCUAUUGCAUUUGUUUUAUUUUCCUACGUUGUGUUGUUCAUUAAGAAAACUCGUGACACUUUUUCAACCAAUCAGAAACAGAACCCAAACCAAUGACAAUAUGUUCAGCGGCUCUUUCCCGCGCUUGAGCCCGAUUGGCUCUUGGUGAUGUUUAGCUUUAUUUUGAUUGGCUGUCGUGAUUACUAUAAAUUUAGGUCCCAUGACGUUUAAUCGGCAUGCGGCCCCAUAGUUAUUGACAAAAGAACAGUUAACUAUCUUACUUAUGAAUUGUGGAAACUUCUGGAAUUACUAAAAUUAAUAAUUUUUGCCCAACGCGGAAUUUCCCAGACGAAUACAUAACUGUUUCCACUAUGUCUACAGACAAAGUUUGACGACUCAAUCCAGUUCCGCGAGACAGUGCAGAGAUACCUGGGUGACGUCAUCAAGUAUGUUGACCACGUGCUAAAAGAUGUUGGACCUGCGAAUCUACUGAGGUAAGUAACGAUAAUACUACCUGCCCCAUAUGCUACAAAAAUACCUGGGAAAAGCUCCGGGCAUGCGCAGUUGUGGACCUCCAAGCUCCUUAGUCUUUAUUGAAAUAAAAGGCACUCUGCUGUGACAACCACGACGAAAGAGGUUUUACCACAGACACGCAUUCCACUGAUACAUGGUUUUUAAAUAUUGACGGAUCGUAUUUUCAAAACACGUCUUUAGAAGUGAUCGUUAAAAUGAUUACCAGUAACUUAAAAUGUGAACAAACAACGAAUAGCGUAAAAGCUUUUCUCUGCGAACAUUUUCAUGAAAGGCUGGCUGUGAGUCACGAAUCAACAAAGUCUCUUCAUUUGAAAAUCUGUAUGUUCUUGUACUUGCUAUAAUUUCAAGGUGGUUCCAUUUAAUAUUAUGAUCAGUUUAGGUAAAAUGUUAAGGUAAAAAUGUGUGAGGUAAUCAGUGGUGAGACUAUUUAUAUGUUUUUUGAUAGGAUUGCAUAUCAUGUUGCUGGACUUCUGACCAAGCAUUGUUAUAAGAUCAUUUACAGCCGGGUAAGGCGUUAGUACCGUUUUUUAGAAUAACUUGAAAUUUUACAGAUCUUUUCGCGCAAUCAAAGUUGCUAUUAACCUUAUUUGAAGGUUGAAUGACUUUCGUCUUCUGUGCAAUCUCUCUUUAUUAUUUUCAGACUCAACCCAGAUGUCUUUUUCCUCGGUUGGUUGACCAAUUUGUUCUCCCACUCCCUAACAGCAAGAAACCUGUUGCACCUUUGGUCAUGCAGUGUAUCAAAGCACACUUACAUCAGGUAUUUGGAUCAAAGUAUUCGAGUAAUUCCCAAUUUAGUACCGAAAGAAAUUUGAGAUUUCAUUGGUUUUUCUCUACUUCCCACCGUGAUUGGUCAAGAAAACUCGCAAACAAUCAAAUACAAUCUUGACUGAGUCUCGUUGUCGUGCGCUUGAGUUCCCAUGGUUGGCUACGUGAGGUAUUUUAAACAUUCGCAGUUUAUAAUUGUGUUUUUUUUUCCGCAGUUUCUACAGGGUCUUGCCUGCCUAGAUUUCAAGAGAGAUGAAUUUAUACGGAGAAAGAUUAAACAAAUAUUCAUCUCGUACUUUCGGCUUUUCAACCAGGUAAGAGCAACUUUCAUUCAACCGAAAGAACGCGCUAAAGAAAGUUUGUUCGCCCAGGCUAGAGAAAAAGUGUUGAGCACUGCAGUUAUUAAAAUGGAAUAUUUUUGAUACUUCUUACAUCGCAAUUUUCAAAUCUUCGCGGUCCUUUAUGGUUGUUGCAACAACCGACGAGAACGUCAAUGGUGUAGUAUUGGACUUUAAAUUUUUCAGCCAACCAAAGCAAUUUGACUCCUCGCCCUUACAUUCUAGACUGACUUAGCUUUUAGAAGUAAUUUUUCAAUUUGUUGAAAUUAUUUUUUGUCACAGAUUUUGCCUUCGUCCUCUCAGGCGGCCAAUAUUCCGACUAAGAAUCCUUUUCUGGUAUGUUAACUUGCUCAUUUACUAUCUAUGGGUUGUUACAUAUUCAAUUUUUUUCCGAUAUUAUUAGAUGUUUUUUGCAUGCAUAUCACCGCGGAAUGAUGACAGAAAGUUUAGGCAUGACAAUUACGGCAAGGAAACUUUAAAGAGCUUCCAUCUUGAAUCAUAAAACUUAUAUUUUCCAAGUUGGUAGGUUGCAAUUUGUUGUAAUUUUAUCUGUUCUGAAUUUUCCUUUUUUGUUUUGAGUAUAUGCUUCCCUCGGUGGUUUUGAAUCUCACCAAACUAGCUGGUUUCCCGCAAGUUCGACGCGAUUUUGAACGUCACAAAAAGGAGGCCACAUAUUGUAGCGUAUUUUCUUUCCUUCUCAUUCACGGCGAAUGGUAUUUUUUUUCCUUUCUUUUUAUUUCUUCUGAAUUGAUAUUUGGACUGAAGGAGAAGUGAACAAAAUAAUGUUUAACUUUUACCUUCAGCUGUUAUCGCAAACGUCAUGCACAACAAUAAUUCUGAGUGCUCUCUCUAUGGACUUUCCACAGGUAGUUCUCAAAGGAUCAUGUUUAACCGAUCCUGCACCUGAGAACAGGUUUGUGAAACAGGAAGGAAGCUAUAAAUAGCUCAUUUCUUUACAUCAUUUAUGAAAGACACUCAUUGCACUCACAAGGCUUCCAUUCUGCAUUCGCGAAAAAUUAUGAAGUCUUUGUAAUCUUUUCUUAGCGAUUGCCAUUACGAACUUGAGUGUCGUAAAACCAAACUAAGUCAUUAACAAUGGCUAAUCUGAGCAAAGGAAAUUGUCAUCAGGGAGCUUGUGAGAACUUAAAAUGAAAGCAAGUAACAUUCCCGCCAAAUUGUCAGAAGGGCGGGAAUACGCGAAGGAUCAAGUUUCGAUUGGUGUUAGUUUUACAUCUGAUUGGAUAAGAAUGCGUCGUGAGUGUGCUUGUCCAAUCACAGAGCGUAGUGAAGAAAACCCCUUGCAAUCCUUAUUGUCUACAAUAAAUGAAAAUUGCUCCCAUGCGAGAAGCACAAUGGAAAUUCUGAAACAUAGAAAAAAUAAUGGGAAUAUUCUGUCCAGUGUUUAGACUUGCGAAUGUACAUAAAGAUCAACAACUUUUUUUAGAAGGUGUAAGUUCCAAGAAUGUUGUUAAUGCUUUCGUUCUAUAAAAUCGUUCUAUUUUUUCACUGUAGCGAAUUCCGCCAAUUCGUCGUGGAGAUCAUUCAAGAGAAUUUCUUGUGCCUUCCACAGCAGCCUGCGAAUCUAGCGACAGUAAGUUCCUUAUUCAAAUGUUGUUAUUGAUAAGUUCCUAUAAGGUAAACUUUAAAAGAAAUGAUAUCAAAGGAUUGUUGUUUAACUAUUCGGUUUGCGACCUUUUUUUUCAGACUUUGUCCUUUUUGGAGCAGUUAUUUAGGAAAACGCUCUGUUCUUCUGAGACAGCAAGGUACUAGCAACUGAUUUGUAGACAUUCUUGUUUACAAUUAUCUUUUUGAUUAAUGCCUCAUUUUCCUUUCUUAUGGACAAUAAGUUUCACAAUGAAACGGGUUCGUUUCAAUAUGCUCUGUUUUUAAAGGGGCAGCGACUGAAACGAAUGAAAACUUAAAGGGGCUGUGUGCUCAAUCGUUUCGAAAAGUCACUUUCCUAGAAUUCAUUGUGGACAAAGAAACCCUUCCUUCCCUCCCUCCAUCCCCCUCACAUGACCUCUGAAGACGAGGUUGGAAUGCACACAAUCUAGAUCGGUCCAUUGGCAAACCAGGAACUAGUCUGAAACAUUUUAGACCCUGUGCGCGUGAAAGUGACGGCGAGGAAAUAUGUCAAAUUUAAUCUUCUUCUCCUUUAAGGAUCGAACAGAUAAAUUCAGGGAAGGAAAUCGUAGCCAGCUAAACGGAGAACAAAAUGGAUAAUUUUUCUCAUUUUUCCAUUGCAGAAACACCCCAGUUUUGCUGGAAUCUAUCAUGUUUUGUUUACUAACGUGUAAUCAGUUUACCGCGGGAAACGAACCCCCCGAGAUAAGAAGGCAAGGUAAAGGAUUUCAAACAUAAUGGUAAUUGGGUUGUUAUCUUCUUGUUUAAUACACUUGAGAUGAAGUAAAAUAGUUUCUCGUGAUGUAGUCACCCCCGAGCUGGACCACGGAAUGUCGAAUGCAUGCUGUGAAUCCUAAAGUAAGGUUGUUUUUGUUUUUUUCUGGUGUGGGGGGAAGGGAGGGGAGAGGAGGGGAGGGGAAGGUGAAUAUUUAAAAAAGAGCUCUUGAGCUCUUGUCGAUAUAGGCUAAAGUAAUGAAAUUUUUAUCUUUGUAAUAUGCAUGUAUGUAUGUAUCAAGGUGGUAAGUUUCCAAAGAAACUGUGAUACUGCGUCGGUGGAUAACAGGGGAUUGUCUAACAGGCCCUUCGUCAGAGCUGGCGAAGGGCUAACGUUUGAAAUGUUAGCCUUUAAACUCUUUAAGGUGGCCAAUUUCCGUUAUCAACCCAGUUGAUAAUACUAAAUAUAUAUCAGCUUUAUUUAUAGAGGGUGACAAAAGCCAGUUAAAAACUGAAAAAAAACUUGCGGUUCUCAGUAUCUUUUCUUAAUGUACUCAUUGUUUGCAUGUUUAGAUUUGAGGAGGCGAACAUCAGACAUCAAGACAUUUAGACAUUACUGAAAAAUAUGAUGCAAUAGAGCUGUUACAAUUUUGAAAAGAUAGUGAAACCUUUUACUGAUCGUUUUCCCGGUUACAUAAAAUAAAGUAAAUAAGAAAAAUAAUGGCUGCGGAUGGAGAAGUGUGAUACAUGUUGUGGCAAAUGGGAAUAGUUGCUGACGGGUGAAUUUUUAAACAGGCAUAUAUAGUGAAUCUCCUUUCGUUUCUUCUUUCAUUUCAGCCACUGAAAUCUUACGUUUGAUGGUUGGAGCUUGUACGAAAACGCCGGAAAUGAACUCCAGGUAAAGAAUAAACUUUUUGUUCCCUUAACGGACGUUUCUUUUUUUUUUUUUUUUUAAGGAUUAAAAAGUUUGUGUAUUUAGGGGUAAUGUUGACAUUUUGAGGUGAUUUCUUUGUUUUUUCAGGGAAGUUCUUUUGCCUCACUUAAGAAAUUUCUUGUACAGUAAAAUCACUCUGUACCAGGUGAGAUUGUCUGAGAUUACAGCUAUGGACAAAAAUAACAACUACGUAGGAAAAAUAACAAACAUAGCGUGCUAUUUUCCAUUUGUUUCUUUUAUGAUAAGGCUUUUCUUAUCAGCUGUGGGUGUCACGGGUUCAAUCAUGAUCAGUAGGCAUAUUCUCCUUACUAUUCUGUAUACAUUUGCUAAGGUCCUGACGAGGGGAAUUUGUUUAACAGUCAGGAGACCCUUUUGUUGGUAAUCGUUUCUUUUACUCUCGUGACCUUAAUGUUUGAUUCAGGGGUAAUAUUGUACGGGGAAAUAAGAUGCCAGUCACUCUUAGGGUGAAAGGGUUCACUAACUGGAAGCUGAUGAAAGGAAAAAUUUGAAUGUUUUUGCCUGUUACUGACGUUUGUCGACAUUUCAUUUCCGCGCAUUUUUUAACUGAUGUAGUAAAACCUUACGCACUACUCUUCUUUUUUCAGGGUUUAGUAUUUAAAACACUUGAAACACUUGUCCCCUUCGACUCAGACCUCGUCACGGCGUUGAUACCCGUCUGUAAACAGGCUGUGAUACAGCUCGAACAGAAGAGGGGCGUGGGAACUGAUAUGCAAUUGAGGUAAGUUGAUUACUCAUAGUGUACAGCCGCGCCUCCCCACCCCCCCACCCCCCACCCCACCCUCCAAUUUUCUUUUGAAGAGUAGGGGUGACUGUACACAGGCUAAUUACUCUUAAAUACUUUAUGGAAAAACUUUAUUUCUUACGAAUCCCUUGCAUUAUUAGGAUCAAGUUUCAUUAUUUUUGUCUUUUUGCAUUGUGCUGUAGAUCUUCGUUUAAGUCAUUUCUGAGUAAACUUGGACACAGCGGCGGAGAGGCAAUCAAAGAUUUCGAGAAGGAAGAUACGGACACAACAUUGAAUGUAUCCUGAUAGCAAUGGUUUUAAGAGAAGUGAUCAGUUGACACAAAUGCCCUGGAGAAGAACUUUACGAAAGCUGAAGAGGAAUUAAAGGCAACUGCGACAGUCGACGAAGUGAUUAAUUAAUGUUUUGGCUCAUAGUGAAGAACACGUUAGAAAAAAAAAUUUUCGUAAAAAGAUAUACAGAAAAAAAGUAGAGUGAAUGAAGUUACUAUUAUUUUCUCUAGCCUCAUUAUUAGCCCAUGUCACAUUUCACGUCGUGGAAAAUUUAAUAAUUUCGGGCAUGAAACAGUUGAUAUGCAUAAUGGGAGAGCUCACUGCGGUGAAAAAUCGUGUUUUCUACUAAUUGUAUUCCAAAACCUACGGUAAAAUAAUAAAUCUCUGUCUUUAGAGCAAUUUUUGGGGCGAAGGACCACACCCUUUUUCUUCUUGAAUUCCAC